AUGUCUGAAAUUCCCAGUACUGUAUAUUCCGCUCUAAGUUUUAUAUUAUCACCGGAAGCCGAUGUUGGUGCACCUUUGUCUACCGCCCUCUUGGCUUUAAGGAUUGCUAUAGACCAACUGAACAAGAAGCAAGAUUUGCUGGAAAGAAAUGGAACGUAUGAGCCGUAUCAAAUGGCCCAUGGUGAUAAUUAUGCCUCUUUCGGGCAGACCCUCCAACAGCUACCAGUGCCAGUCGGACUACAGCAAGCCAAUGUUCGACGCUAA